AUGUUUCAAGCCCAAUGCAGACAAGUGUUUGAGUUUACAGAGAUCGACGAGAUCUACCCCGCAUUGUUAAACCUCCGACGCCCAACCUUACCUUUCAACGCCAAAGUCACCCAUGACCACCUAAGGCCCCUUCAGAAGCUCGCGCAAGAUCUAAAGGCAGGUGCGCAAGCACUCGAAAAUGCAUAUAAACUAGGAACUGGGUACGACGAUCUGGCUGUGGUCCUCCUGGAGCCAAGCGACAAGGCGGACACUCACUGCUUUGACGAUAUGCUCAACGCCUCAAUGGCUUUAAAGGCGGUUGAUUCAUCUAUACGCCAUGCAUUUAAUGGGCACCGUAGUAUUCAGAACACAAUUAUCCUAGAUAUACGGGCAUUUCGAAGCGAUUCAAUUCGUCGAACGCAGGGCGCCUCAGACAAGCUUGAAGCUGACGAGCUUGCCUAUACCGCCUUCGAACAGAUACUCUGCAACCUAAAACCAGACGUUAUCCUUGUCUGUCAGUGCCAAACUAAUACGAAUGAAGUGGGAAGCCGGUUUGCUCGGCAGGCUUGUUCAUCAAUCGACGAGGCUACGGAUAUAACCGUGCUUCGCCUUCCCAGGACUCAACAUGAAUCGGUGAUGGUGAAGAGUUUUCACCCAAUGUAUCUUGAGUACAUGCGUGAGGCGCCAAACGACAGCGCGACAAAGGCAGUGUUGCGAGAAUAUUUGUUUGACGCUGGAUUUAUAAUCGCAUCGAAUGCCCUUGCUGGACGAAGCAUAACGGGCUUUGGUUUGCAUAACCUUAAAGCUUGUGCGAGAGAUGGCCCGGCAUUUAUUGCCACGCCCCAGGGUGUCCGCAUCUCAUACCUGUGGACUAGCGGAUCAGACAUUGCAAGUACUGAACUGGUUGAGGCGCUUAAAACGUUGGGAAUAUCCUCUAAGGAUGAGAAUACAGCUAGGCUGGACAGGAUUUUCUCCGGGCUUCGGAUUCGUAGUGAUAGGGGAUCCGGCUUUGGCAAUGAUAAUGCUGUGGAACGUGAAGCGUUCCGGAAGGACGAUAUCCUAGAGAGAAUUGGCCCGAUUCCAAAACUACCACAGGGAAUCAUACCUUUGUGUGGGGCACUUGACUAA